AUGGAUACAGAAAUAAAUAAACAACUUUUGAAUCAAUUCAAAGAACCCUUUGACUUGGAAAAUAGUUUAAUGGUGGCAACAGAGAUGGGAGUUGACAAGGAACUAAAAUUUAAAAACCCAAUUGAAAUGUUUGUCAUGCUUAAUUUUACUUUUGAUUAUAUUGCCCUUGAUAUUAAUGGAGUGUUUACAUUUUGUAAACCCAUUGCAGUAUUUAACCAAUACUUAGGUAAUGCAAAUGCAUCUAGUAAAAAGUCAGUCACUGUGAAAUGUUUCAAGGGGUCUGAAACUUAUCCAAUUCCAACAGGUAGAGGCCAAUUGAUUGAUUUAUGUGAAAAAAAAUUACUAAUGGAUGUAAAAAAUCAUUUCAACUAUGGAUAUAAUGAAAUCCUACAAGCUGUUGAAAUUGAUAAAACCAUUGAACUACCAAGUGCUGGAUCCUUUGCCAUUUUUCAAACAAAGAUCAUUUAUGGCUACCGUUUUAGAAAAAAUGGUGUCGAUCAGUUUGAGCACGCCUGUGUUUUCAGAGAUGAUGUGUCUUUGGUACCGAUUGAUCAUAUUCAAUAUGAGCCAGUUACCUAUCACCAAUAUACACCCUAUUUAACUCAAAGAUAUUAA